GUUUCUAUGUGAGGGUUCUUGAAGCAGCGCUUCCUUUUUAACCAUAAUACUGCGUGGGAAAGUGUACCACACAUUUUUCUCUAGGAGACCAGAAGAUUUACAUAAUUCUUCCGCUUCUAUGGAAAGAGAAGAAAAGCUGAUACAACUGUCUGUUAUGGCUGUGAGCUUUGCAUUUACCUGUAUUGUGGAAAGUUAGUUUCCUAUUUUCUGAGAUGCAUUUCUCAGAAAAGGAUGGUUUUGAAGAUGACUUCAAUAGAAGUGUUGUUGCUGCCCAUGAAAGGGUUCCUUCUGGAAUCUUGUCUCAGACUAUGAACUACGUAGGACAACUUGCAGGACAAGUGCUGGUGACCGUGAAGGAGCUGUACAAAGGCAUUAAUCAGGCAACCCUUUCAGGAUGCAUUGAUGUCAUUGUGGUCCGGCAACAGGAUGGGACAUAUCAGUGUUCUCCUUUUCAUGUCCGAUUUGGGAAGCUUGGUGUAUUGCGCUCUAAAGAAAAAGUGAUUGAUAUAGAAAUUAAUGGUGAUGCUGUUGAUCUUCAUAUGAAACUUGGUGACAAUGGAGAAGCUUUCUUUGUACAAGAAACCGAGGAAGAAAAUGAAAAAGUUCCUGCGUAUUUGGCAACAUCUCCAAUACCCACUGAAGACCAGUUUUUUAAAGACACUGACAAUCAUUUGAAAUCAGGUGAAAAUGAGAGGACAUGUGCAAACUCAGAAAUUCCACACUCUGUGGAAACAGAGACUGUAUUCACCCCAGGUUCUGUGAAAAAGAAAAAAAGAAGAAGAAAGAAAUACAAACAAGAUAGCAGGAAAGAAGAUCAGAUCUCUUCUACUGGGACGGAAGAGAUUUUUGAAAUGGAAAUAAGCUCAGAUGAUGAAAAAAGUGUUCAGCCCCUAAGAGGAUCCUCAAAUUCAUCACCAAAGGGUGAAGAACAAAAAGAAUCUUUGAUUUAUCACUCAAAGGAUCAUUACCCCUUAUCUGAUGGAGACUGGUCCCCUCUGGAGAACCCUUUCUCUGAGCCAGUCUGCCCUAAAAGUGAUUCAGAACUAGAAGUUAAGCCUGCCGAGAGCUUGCUCAGAUCUGAGUCUCACAUGGAAUGGACGUGGGGAGGAUUCCCAGAAUCAACCAAGAUAAGCAAGAAAGAGAAACUGGAACAUCCCAGAACAGCUACCAUCACUCCAUCAGAGAAGACUCAUUUUAGGGUCAUCCUCAGCUCUGAUGAAGUUGAAGAUGAUGAUGAUGUGAAAGAUUCUGUCUGUACAGUACUGAAACCUGAGCCAAGAACUCAUCCUCUGCUUAAGCAGAUGGAUGUCAAAGAUUCUCUUGCUUCUGUAAUCACAGAACCACAAGAUCCAUUGCCGUUAGAUGCUGAUCAUCAUUCCAGACUGUUGGUGGACCCUUUACCAGAAACAAAGCCAACAGCAAAAAUUGAUUCUCCUUCAAAAAAGAAAGGGGUGCACAAGAGAAGUCAUCAUCAGGGGCCUGACGAUAUUUACUUGGAGGACCUAAAGGCUUUGGAACCUGAAGUUGCAGCACUCUACUUUCCCAAAAGUGAUUCAGAUCCAGGCUUCAGGCAGUGGACAGAGUCCGAUACCCUCUCCGGUUCCCAGUCACCCCAGUCAGUAGGUAGUGCUGCUGCUGAUAGUGGUACAGAGUGCAUGUCGGAUUCUGCUAUGGACUUGCCUGAUGUUACACUUUCACUUUGUGGAGGUCUCAAUGAAAAUGGAGAGAUUUCUAAAGAAAAAUUCAUGGAACAUAUUAUUACUUACCAUGAAUUUGCUGAAAACCCUGGACUCAUAGACAAUCCUAAUUUGGUAAUAAGGAUUUAUAACAGGUAUUAUAACUGGGCGUUGGCUGCUCCAAUGAUUCUGAGUUUGCAGGUGUUUCAGAAGAGUUUGCCUAAGGCUACUGUUGAGUCUUGGGUCAAAGAAAAGAUGCCAAAGAAGUCUGGAAGGUGGUGGUUCUGGCGCAAGAGAGAAAGCAUGACUAAACAGAUACCAGAGGCAAAAGAGGGGAAAACUGAGACGCAAAGAGCAAAUGAACUGCCAGCGACUGUAAAAGAGCAAGUUAAUAGUAGACCUCCAGAAGAUGAUUCUUCUAGUGAUGAAGUAUCACAGGAAUUGAAAGAAUCCCUGAAAAUAGAUUCUACCCCAGUAGAGCAUCCAACCCAUGGGAACAUUACAUCUUACAAGAAGUCCCUUAGACUGUCUUCGGACCAAAUAGCAAAGCUGAAGCUCAGAGAUGGCCCUAAUGAUGUUGUAUUUAGUAUUACAACCCAGUAUCAAGGGACUUGCCGUUGUGCAGGAACAAUAUAUCUGUGGAACUGGAAUGAUAAAAUCAUCAUAUCAGACAUUGAUGGAACAAUAACCAAGUCUGAUGCUUUAGGACAGAUCCUCCCUCAGCUUGGCAAGGACUGGACUCAUCAGGGCAUUGCAAAACUCUAUCAUUCCAUAAAUGAAAAUGGCUACAAGUUUCUGUACUGUUCCGCCCGUGCCAUUGGGAUGGCAGAUAUGACCAGAGGAUACCUACACUGGGUGAAUGACAAAGGAACAAUUCUUCCCAGGGGACCUCUCAUGUUGUCCCCCAGCAGUUUGUUUUCUGCUUUUCAUAGGGAAGUAAUAGAAAAGAAGCCUGAAAAGUUCAAAAUCGAAUGUUUGAAUGAUAUCAAGAAUUUGUUUGCUCCCAGUAAACAACCUUUCUAUGCUGCUUUUGGAAACAGGCCCAAUGAUGUAUAUGCCUACAUGCAAGUGGGAGUUCCAGACUGCAGAAUAUUUACUGUGAAUCCAAAGGGUGAACUGAUCCAAGAACGGACUAAGGGAAACAAAUCUUCGUAUUACAGACUAAGUGAGCUUGUGGAACAUGUGUUCCCAUUGCUUAAUAAAGAACAGAGUUCUGCAUUUCCCUGCCCAGAAUUCAGCUCCUUUUGCUAUUGGAGAGAGCCUCUUCCUGACCUUGACAUGGAUGACCUGGCCUGAAAAAUACUUCUCACCGAGAGAUGGAAUUUCAUAGUCAGCUACUCAACUUCAGUUUAAAUGUGAAGAACUUUCUUAACGAAGAUGCUAAUUUAUAUACUGGUACCAUAAGUCUUACUAAAGAAAUCACUUUAACUCUGUUGGUUUAAAACAAAGAAAAUGCAAAGCUACUGUCUCUUUUUUUUUUUGUAUGGGCUUUGGUUUUUUGUUUGUUUGUUUAUUGCCUGUCUUUAUAUACCUGUUCGAAGGCACUUGAGAUUGGCCUGUUGUUGAUGGUCGUGGUACCCAAGUGCUUCAGGGCAACUAAAUGCUGAGGUAAGCUAUGACUUUGCAUUUUCAUCAAUACAGACCUUAUUGUAAACAUCGAAUUUUUUUGUAUUAGUCUUAAUAGUAUAUUUUCUAAAACGAAGCCAAAAAGUGUAUGGAAACUGCCAAAUAGAAUGUCAGACCUAUUAAUAAUA